UGACGCAGCCGCUCGGUUUGAAUGUGUGAGGAGGAGGCGGUGUUAUGGAGGUGAGGAGACAGCAGGGAACAGUGUAGUCCCGGCUACUUUCAGCACUACUUCCCGGUCACGUCAGUCAGGACGCCUGCCAGUGAAGAUGAGUUUGCUUAUGAUAAGUGAAAAUGUGAAACUGGCGCGAGAGUAUGCUCUUCUGGGUAACUACGAUUCCGCCAUGGUUUACUAUCAAGGUGUGUUGGAUCAGAUGAACAAGUACUUAUAUGUCAAAGACACCUUCUUACAGCAGAAAUGGCAGCAGGUUUGGCAUGAGAUCAGCGUGGAAGCUAAACAUGUGAAGGACAUUAUGUCUACACUGGAAAGUUUUAAGUUGGACAACUCUCCUGUGAAAGCAGCACAACAUGAUUUUCCAGCUCAGGACGGAGAGGUCUGGUCAUUGCCAGUGCCAGUUGAACGUAGACCUUCACCAGGACCCAGGAAACGACAGUCUGCCCAGUUCAGUGACAAUCGAGUACAUAACAACCGCAUAAGUAUACCCGGAAAGGGUCCAAAUCCCCCAUCUUCAAGAAAUGUUAAUAACCAGAAAGUAAAGCCUGCCAGAGCACGUGAGAAGAAAGAUCCCCUGCAGAAAGUGAAAGAAAAGAAUAAGUCAUCUGCUGAUGAAUCAGAGAAUGAACUCAAAAGAUUUGAUGGUACUGGAUAUGAUAAGGAUCUGGUAGAAGCGUUGGAAAGAGAUAUCAUUUCACAGAACCCCAAUGUUCGAUGGGAUGACAUUGCAGACUUGGAAGACGCUAAGAAAUUGUUGAAGGAAGCUGUGGUUUUGCCAAUGUGGAUGCCAGAAUUCUUUAAAGGAAUUAGGCGACCUUGGAAGGGUGUUCUCAUGGUUGGGCCACCAGGAACAGGGAAAACUCUCUUAGCCAAAGCGGUAGCAACAGAAUGCAAGACUACAUUUUUCAACAUUUCAUCUUCAACACUAACAUCCAAAUACAGAGGAGAAUCUGAGAAGCUUGUCCGCCUUUUGUUCGAAAUGGCACGUUUCUAUGCACCAACAACCAUAUUUAUUGAUGAAAUUGACUCGAUAUGCAGCCGACGAGGUACCUCAGAAGAGCACGAAGCCAGCAGAAGAGUAAAAGCAGAGCUUCUAGUUCAGAUGGACGGUGUCGGGGGUGCCUCUGAAAAUGAAGAUCCAUCUAAAAUGGUAAUGGUUCUUGCUGCCACAAAUUUUCCGUGGGAUAUUGAUGAAGCUCUAAGACGACGUUUGGAAAAGCGGAUCUAUAUUCCUUUGCCAUCUGCUAAAGGCAGAGGAGAGCUAUUAAGAAUAAACAUUAAGGAGUUGGAGUUAGCUGAUGAUGUUGACAUUGAAACCAUAGCGGAAAAUAUGGAUGGUUAUUCUGGAGCAGAUAUUACCAAUGUAUGCAGAGAUGCUUCUUUGAUGGCGAUGAGAAGGCGCAUUGAGGGUUUAACACCAGAAGAGAUCCGCAAUCUUUCAAGAGAUGACAUGCACAUGCCAACUACAAUGGAAGACUUUGAAAUGGCUUUGAAAAAAGUAUCCAAAUCGGUGUGUGCCUCAGACAUUGAAAAAUAUGAAAAGUGGAUAGAGGAGUUUGGGUCCUGUUAACUUGACUCUUUAAAACUUGAUAAAAAAAAAAAUCAAUCUGCCUCAAGUCUUGACUUGGUUGUCUUUUUAAUUUGUAUCUCUGUAGAGUUUAGCACUGGUUGCUGCAUAUUUUUAAUGUUUUUGUAAACUGCCAUGAUUCUUAAAGUAAUAAAAAAAAGCACUAUUUGAUUCUA